UCUUCAUUUGACCCUCUCUCUCUCGAUACAAUCAAGGAACACACUCUGCUUCAUGAAUCGAUUUAUUCUCUGCCCAGACUUAUUUAGAUAUUCAAAGACACCUUAACGUGUCAAUAAUGCAUUGGUUUCGUUUUGUUUUGUUUUUUCCCCUUUUUUUCAUUUGACCCUCUCUCUCUCGAUACAAUCAAGGAACACACUCUGCUUCAUGAAUCGAUUUAUUAUCUUCCCAGACUUAUUUAGAUACUCAGAGACACCUUAACGUGUCAAUAAUGCAUUGGUUUUGUUUUGUUUUAUUUUUUUCCCCUUUUCUUCAUUUGACCCUCUCUCUCGAUACAAUCAAGGAACACACUCUGCUUUAUAAAUUGAUUUAUUCUCUGCCCAGACUAACUUAGAUACUCAGAGACACCUUAACGUAUCAAUAAUGCAUUUGUUUCAUUUUAUUUUGCUUUUUCCCCUUUUCUUCAUUUGACCCUCUCUCUCUAUACAAUCAAGGAACACACUCUGCUUCAUGAAUCGAUUUAUUAAAAUCAUUCCUAGAUUUCGUAUAAUCAAAAUCAACGUACAAACCAAUCAACGUUCUGAUCGGAAAUUGCAGCCGAGGGCACUGUAGUUAAAAAUACGACGACCCAACAGUAAAGCACAGAGGAAAUUACGAGGAACGUGGUCACGAAGCUACAAGGGCAAAUCAGUCAAUUGCAUAUUUCUGAACGGUUAAAAAGAAAGAAAGAGAAGGCAAAGCGGCAAGGGUAAAAUCGUCAGAAACGAGGAGGAAAAACAAUAAGGGUUUCUUCUGCUUACACAAUCACAAUGUCGAAUCGCGGCAGUCACGGCGGCGCUGGUCGUGGCGGCAGAGGUGGACGGAGGUCUGACCAGUCUUCUUCUGGUCACGGUGGCCGUGGUGGUGCUCCUGUUUCUCGCGGGAGAGGUCGUGGUAACGUCGGACCCGGAGAUCUGACGGCGACGCAAGUUCCUGUUUCUGCCGGGAGAGGUCGCGGUGUCGUCUUGACCGGAGAUCCGACUGCGAGUCAAGUUGCGUCUUCUUCUAAGGCGACGGUGUCUGUUGCUUCUUCUUCGUCUAAAGAGGGAAGCAAGGUUUCUUCUACUACGGAGUCUUCUAACGCUGCUGCGGCGUUGUCGAAGCUUGAGAUUACUCCGGCGGAGACGAAACCCGAGGAUACGCUUCCACCGGAGUCGUCGAAGGCGGUGACGCAUCAGUUACGGCCAGGGCGUGGUACUGUGGGGAGGAAAAUCACUGUUCGUGCGAAUCAUUUCCUUGUUCAAGUUGCCGAUCGUGAUCUCUACCAUUACGAUGUUUCGAUCAGUCCUGAGGUUAUAUCAAAGGCAGUGAACAGGAACGUUAUGAAAGUUUUGGCUAAAACAUAUAAAGAUUCUCACUUGGCAGGGAAGACUCCUGCGUAUGAUGGAAGGAAAAGCAUCUAUACUGCUGGUGCUUUACCUUUUGAAUCGAAAGUGUUUGUUGUGAAUCUGACGGAAAAAAGAGCUGAUGGUUCUUUUGGGAAGGACAGACAGUUUAAAGUUGCUAUAAAGCUGGCGUCAAGACCUGAUCUUUAUCAGUUGCAACAGUUUCUGCGUCACAAGCAAAGAGAUGCUCCCUAUGAUGUUAUCCAAGUUCUUGAUGUUGCUCUCAGGGAUACGCCCUCUCAAUAUUAUGUCUCUGUUGGGAGGUCUUUUUUUAGCACUGGUUUUGGUCAGGGUGAUCUUGGAGAUGGUAUUGAGUACUACAGAGGUUAUUUCCAAAGUCUAAGGCUAACUCAGAUGGGCUUGUCGCUUAAUAUUGACGUUUCAGCAAGAUCAUUCUAUGAACCGAUUCUUGUCACAGACUUUAUUAGCAAGUUUCUGAAUAUAAGGGACUUAAGCAGACCACUUAGGGACUCAGAUCGGCUUAAGGUGAAGAAAGUUUUGAGGACACUAAAAGUCACGUUGGUACAUUGGAAUAACGAAAAAAGUGCCAAGAUCAGUGGGAUUUCCAGCUGUCCCAUCAGUCAGCUAAGGUUCACGUUAGAGGACAAAUCAGAGAAGACGGUUAUACAAUAUUUUGCUGAAAAAUAUAAUUAUAGGGUGAGAUACACGUCUCUACCUGCUAUCCAAACUGGGAGUGACGCAAGACCUGUUUACAUACCCAUGGAAUUAUGUAAAAUUGCUAAAGACCAAAGAUACACCAAAAGGCUCAAUGAGAGGCAAGUGACGGCGUUGCUAAGAGCUACCUGCCAACGACCUGCACAGAGAGAGAGUUCAAUCAAAGAUUUGGUUGUGGAAAAUAAUUAUAACGCUGAUGAUGUGAGCAAGGAGUUUGGGAUGUCAGUGACUUCCCAACUGGCCUCGAUUGAAGCUCGUGUACUUCCUCCGCCAUUGUUGAAGUACCAUGAGAGUGGUAGAGAGAAAAUGGUAAAUCCAUCGCUAGGACAGUGGAACAUGAUUAACAAGAAAAUGGUUAAUGGAGCAACAGUUAAGUCUUGGACUUGCGUAACUUUUGCUACACGGAUUGACCAACAUUUACCGGUAGAGUUCUGCAAACAGCUGACUGAGAUGUGCGUCAGCAAAGGAAUGCAAUUUAAUAUACAGCCUAUUAUUCCGCUCAUCUCUUAUCCACCUCAAAGUAUUGAGGAAGCUCUCCAUGAUAUCUACAAAAGGGCACCUGGUCUCCAACUAUUGAUUGUCAUAUUACCUGAUGUGAGUGGAUCGUAUGGAAAAAUCAAAAGGAUCUGUGAAACAGAAUUGGGGAUCGUCUCUCAGUGUUGUCAACCAAGACAAGUUUCUAAACUCAAUAAGCAGUACAUGGAAAAUGUCGCAUUGAAGAUCAAUGUCAAGACUGGGGGAAGGAACACUGUUCUUAAUGAUGCUAUCAGAAGAAACAUACCUCUUAUUACUGAUCGCCCAACCAUAAUCAUGGGUGCUGAUGUUACUCACCCGCAACCUGGAGAAGACUCGAGUCCAUCUAUUGCCGCUGUUGUGGCCUCUAUGGACUGGCCUGAAAUAACAAAAUACCGAGGAUUGGUUUCUGCUCAGGCUCAUAGGGAAGAAAUCAUUCAGUACCUGUAUAAGCUGGUACAGGAUCCCGAGCGAGGGUUAGUCCACUCUGGUUUAAUAAGGGAACACUUCAUAGCAUUCAGGAAAGCUAUGGGACAGAUACCUCAUAGGAUCAUAUUCUACCGUGAUGGAGUAAGCGAAGGGCAGUUUAACCAGGUUCUGCUCCAUGAGAUGAAUGCUAUACGCAAGGCUUGUAACUCUCUCCAGGAGCAUUAUGCUCCUCGUGUCACUUUUGUGAUAGUCCAGAAACGACACCACACUCGAUUGUUCCCUGCUCAACACGGGAAUCGUGAUAUGACUGAUAGGAGUGGCAAUAUUCUCCCAGGUACUGUGGUUGACACUCAAAUCUGUCAUCCAAAUGAGUUCGACUUCUAUUUGAAUAGCCACGCUGGUAUACAGGGAACAAGCAGGCCUGCGCAUUACCAUGUGCUUCUCGACGAGAACGGUUUCUCAGCUGAUGCCUUGCAAACGCUAACCAACAACCUGUGCUACACGUAUGCAAGGUGCACGAAAGCAGUGUCAAUUGUGCCACCAGCUUACUACGCACACUUGGCUGCUUUCCGAGCUCGUUAUUACAUGGAGAGUGAGUUCUCAGAUGGAGGCUCGAGCAGGUCGAGGAACACAACAAGUGGAGGACCAGUCGCUUCGCAGCUCCCAGCAGUAAAAGACAACGUCAAGGAAGUGAUGUUUUAUUGCUGAUGAAGUGAUGAUGAUACUUCUCUCUUUGACCAGUUUUAAAUGCCGUUAAUAAUUUCGAAAAAACUCUAUUCGGCUCUCGGGUUUUAUCUCCUUUUGGGUUUGGCUUGGAAUACUUUAAAGGACUCAGCAGACUUUUUCUCUUAGGAUUAUAUUUAUGGGUUUUGCUGUUGACGAUGGUCUGAUGACUAGUUUGUCGUUUGUGAAAAACAAAGCGUUAAUCAUGGGUUUUUGGAUAAUGUCCUGGCUCAUAAGUUUUCACAUGAAUGGUAUUUUGCCUUUAGGUUU